GGCGGAAGAACGGGCUCUUUCCACGGCUUCGCCCCGCCCGGCGAGGGAGGCACUCGGGGCGGUUACCCGCCUCCUAGCGGGUGUGGCCCGCCGGCGAGAAGGCAGAGGCGGCCCUGGCGGCGAGAAGAGCCGGGCGGCCGCCGAUGAAAACGACAUGUGGACAGCGGGAAGGGUGACCGGAAUUUUGUUUCACGGGGUCUUGGCGGCUCUGGUGCUGCUGGGAGCCCGGGACGUCUUCUUUCAGUAUGAGGAGAACCGGUGCAGCAUGACCUACAUGUACGACUACCCGGAGUACCUGAGAAUAAAAUUACCUAAGAAAAUAUCCAGACGUUACCCAGCCUAUGAGCUAUAUCUCUACGGGGAAGGAAUUUCUGCAGAAGAAAACAGAAAUCUAAUCUUAACAGGAAUUCCUAUCCUUUUUCUUCCUGGCAAUGCUGGAAGUUUUAAGCAAGUACGUUCUCUUGGAUCAAUAGCACUGAGAAAGGCAGAAGAUAUGGAUUUCAAAUAUCAUUUUGAUGUCUUCAGUGUGAAUUUCAACGAGGAACUUGUUGCAUUAUAUGGUGGAAGUCUACAAAGGCAGACAAGAUUUGUGCAUGAGUGUAUCAAAAUAAUUCUUAAAUUAUAUAAGGGUCAUGAAUUUGCUCCCCGCAGUGUUGCAGUAGUAGGUCAUUCCAUGGGUGGUCUUGUUGCAAGAGCACUAGUGAUUCUUAAACAUUUUAAACCCGAACUUCUCAAUAUUCUUAUUACUCAAGCGACACCUCAUGUUGCACCUGUGUUGCCUUUAGAUCAAUAUCUUGCUGAUUUUUACUCAACCGUGAACCAUAACUGGAUUCAGAAGGCUCAAGAAAUAAGGAAUCUAACAACCCUUUCUGUAGCAGGAGGAUUUCGAGAUUAUCAAGUUCGCUCUGGAUUGGCUUUUCUGCCCAGUUCAAAUAGUCAAAAUUGUGCUUUAUCUGUUGUGAGUUCAGCAGUUCCUCGAGUCUGGGCUUCCACAGAUCACCUUUCCAUUGUUUGGUGUAAGGAAUUGAACUUGGCUACCAUCAGAGCAUUUUUUGACCUUAUUGACGACAAUACUAAACAGAUAACAGAAAAUCCCCAAAGAAAAAUUCUGGUCCUGAAUCACCAUUUUUUAAAGUAUCCAGGAAAACUCUUUGAAGAAAGACCUGAAUCACUUACUGAGUUAACAGGAGCAUCAAUUUGGAUUAAUAUAAAAACUUCAAAAUGGUCCUACAAAGGAUACAAUGAAUCAGAUGAAAAAUAUUUUAGUUUUUCCCUCUCAAGCCAAAGAAAAUCAUUCACUCAUAUUUACUGCCAAAACAGUAUAUUGGAUACAAAUAGCUGGAUAUUUGGUUGUAUAAACAGUACUUCAUCAAAGUGUCUGCAAGCAAUUGACUUGUCUUGGAAUGCUGAGUUACUACCAACGGUCAAGAUUGUGACAUUCAAACUUCAAGAUUAUCCAUCUUUGACUCAUAUUGUGCUUCAUGUUCCAGUAGUUAAUGGUAUUAAGUUUACUUUGGACUGUGAGUUCUUUAAUGAAGUUUCAAGAACAGUGCAACUCCCUGUAACCCAUCUUUUUAGUUUUGUUCUAACUAACAAAGCAAUAAUUUCUGCAGGAUUUUCUUCAAGCAAAAUCAUACUAAAUUCAACUGGCCUUAUUCACAUUGUUCAACUCCAACAUUUUGGUCAGAUAUAUCAGGCUUUUAAGAUCUUUAUAGAGAGCAAAUGUCAGAUUCUCAAAGAAAGAAAACCCAGUGUAUAUCAACUUCAUAUACCAUGGUCACAUGAAGAUUCCUUAAUUUUGUCACAGGAUUCUUUGACUGAGAUUUCUGCAAAAUUGCACAUUGCACAGCCUGAAAAUGACUCUACAGUUCCUUUGUUGAAAAUGUAUUCAUCUUCAGAUUGUCAAUAUGAAGUAACUGUCAAGACCUCUUUUCUGCAGGUCCUUGGUCAGGUGAUAAGAAUCCAUGGUGGCACUCUUCCUAUGUACAUUAUUUCUAAUAUUCUUCUUGCCUACAGAAGACAGUUAAGGUCCCUAGUGUCAACAGGUCAGUGUUCAGACUUUGUUCCUGCACUUACUAAAGCAGCUAAGCCUUAUAAAGUAGAACCCAUAGCAUACAUGAUUAAGUUCUUGUUGGGACUUAACUGGUUUAAAGGACUUAGGAAUUCAGAGCUGGAUCGUGUCACAGUGAACAACCAGGACGUGUGGUUUCCUUUUGUAUCCCUGAUUCUCUUUAUGUUUGGGACUGGCAUAGCCUAUUGGGGUGGCAUACUUCUUGACUCGUCUAUAAGGCUCUUAUCUUCAUUGCAGUUAGUUUUGACAAGACCCUCUGGACUUCCAUCUCACAACAGUCUGAUUACCCGAUUAAGGUUUUGUGUUGCGGUUUCAAUGUUUUUUCUUAGCUGGACUACCUGUGGAGCACUGGCAAUAAUGAUGACUUAUUUUCAUUAUAUAUUCAAGGUUGUUAAUUUCCAUUCAAAUUUAAGAUCUGAACUAAGUGUUUGUAAUGUGCCCAUAAAGAACCCAGAAUUUAAACCAGACAAUUCAAAAAACGAAGGGAGGAACAGCUGCAGAUCAGAGGACUGCCCUUCAGAAGCAAGAAACUCAUUUAGCACCACUAUGGCCAAUGAUCAUAUUAUAGAUAGCCUUAAGAUGCAUGUCACUAUCAUCAACUUAAUCACAUGGAUUGUGCUUCUUAGCUGUCCAUCUUUAAUUUAUUGGCUAAAAAAUAUCAGAUACCAUAUCAGACUUGAGCCUGAUCCAUGCAGAUUUGUUGCUGUUAUUCUGAUAGUCAUUUUGGGUAUACUCAUGAAUACAAGUACUACAAAACUUAAAUCAAGUAAAUUAUUGAAGAUUGCAGCAUAUUUUCCACUUCUUUUCUCUGUUGCUGCUGUAGUUUUUGCACCUGUUUAUUUAUAUCAAAUGCCAUACUUUAUAAUAAUUCCUCUUUUUUUACAUUCAUUGUGCAGCAUUGUGUAAAAUCUUUAGCUGGCCAAAACAGAAAUAGAUGCAGAAAUAUAGGUAAUAUAGGAAAACCUAAGCCGCAUCUUCUCUCAGUGGCAGAAAAUGGAAAGGCUUUAGGUUUCCAAAGGGACAUUUCAUGAUAAGCAAACAAUAUUUUUACUUACUAAUUUUUAAAAGAAAUGGAUAAACCUGUUACUCAGUAAGGACUUUGUCUUGACAUUGAGGGAAAAUAUGGUUGCAUCAGUUCCUUAAUAUUGAAGCAAAUGGCUUAUACUUAUUUAUUUUAAAAUUGCAAGUUUUUAUGUCCAAUAUACUUCUGUGUACUUAAUUCAUUGAAUCACCACUCCCAUAUUUAUUUUGGCAAUAUUACUGUUGGAGUGAAUAAGAUAACAAUUUAUAUUGCAAAAUAACUUCAUACAUCCAAAACCUUUUGCAUAAUUAUUUGAAUUCAAGAAUUGAAGAACUAGACAUCCAGCCACAGUAGAAAUGGAAUGUUAAUAGAGUAUUUUCUGCAUAGAAGCCAUUUUAUUCAAGGGCAGUGAAACCCUGCAAUGUGUAAAUGAUCAUUUCUCUAAUACGUUCCUUUCUAGAUAUGUCACUGGACAAUUCUUAUAAUUCCUAAUAACCAUGUUGGAAAGACCAGACAAUUCAGAAAACUUCCCUAGAACCACAUACAGAGAUUUAAAAAAUGCAUCCUGGAAGUAUUUCAUUAGAGUAACAUUUUGCUAAUGUCAUUCAGCACAUCUUAGGUCCAUCAGAACUUAGUGUAGAACUAGGCACUUCUAGUUCAUUGGGAAAAUCUUUCAAUAUUAUUUGGAUUGAUAAAAUAGGCAUCAAAGAAAUCAAUGCUUAUCUGUGCACAAAGAAGUUUUAAAAGGACCUGCCUUUGGGCAGAACUAUGUUAAUGUUACAUAUAACCAUUUUAAAAGCAGCAAAUACUUUGGUUCUUUAAAUAAAAUGUAUAGGCAUUAUAUCUAGAGAUACAUUUUUGCUGCUUUUGCAUAACACCGUGAGCUUAAAACUUGGCAAUCAUUGUAUUUCUUAGCAGCUCUUUUACAUAAUGGCUAAUUUCCUUUUCCUGUAGAGAUUCUUUCUCUAAACAAAGUUAUAAUACAUAUUUUCCUUACUUGUAUACACUAUAAUUCCUGCCUAAAGUGCCUUUGGUUAGUUAUUUGUCUUUUGUUUAUCAUUUGUUUAUCUAAUUUAUUAAAAAAAUAUUUAUAGAAUUGUUCUGUAAUGUUAACAAUGUAAUAGAUUGUGCUAUGUGUGAAUCAUUACACGAGUUAAUGUUACCAUCUUUACAUGAAAUGCUUCAAGUUCUGGUAUUCCUGUCCUGGUAUUCAGACAUACUUUUAAUAGGAUAUUAAAACAUUCUUAGGUAAGUCUCUUGAAAAAGGUCCUCCAAAAUCUAAUUUUAAACUGAUUUUAUGGAACUAAACUGAGCUAUCAGUGUACUCUGUGUCCUACUUAAUGGAUGACUUACAACAUCCGCAAUGAGUUUCUUUUUUACAGCUGUACUGGGCUUUUUGCCAACAGCUGGCAGAGCACAAAGUAGUGCAAUCUAUUCUCAGACCUCAUUCAAUGAAGACUGACCUUGGAAAGCAUUUCUAUGCCUCUCAUAGCUGUAUGCUAAAUAGAAUUUUGGCAGUGACCUUUGUCUCUUGUCAGUGCUACAGCAAGGGAAAUGGUACUUGCCAAAUUAUUCAUUCUCAAGCAGAAGCUAAGGGCACAAAUGUUCUCUUCCUUCAUUAGAAGGACAAGAAGCUUGUCCUUCUAAUCAGAUGCCGAUGAGAACUUCAAUUUGUUAAAGGUCAUAAUAGGUUUUAGUAAAGGCUCUGUUUGACUGUAUAACUUUUAUCUAUUUUGCAGUGCAUAUGGUGUGGGUAUGUGUGUGUCAUAGUAGCUAAUAUUUAUUAACGUGGUAGCUUAUUGCAUACCAGCUCAUAAUCUAUGGCUAUUCAGACUGAAAGUAUUAGAAGUUAAGGAGCUAUCCAAUACACUUUAGAAUCUGUAAGACACCUCUAGACAAUCUAUUAUGGAUUUACCGGUAUGUAUUACUAGAAAAUCAAAGCUGCUGAUUGUGGUCUGAUACCUGUAUAUGAGAAGCAGGUGAAUUGAGAAAUCGCUAAUCAUAUUCUUAGUGAAUGGAUGCUAUUUUACAUGAUAUGUGAAUUGUGCAUACUUAGGAAGUAUAGUACUUUUAUUAUCCUUUUUACAUAUUUUUGUACCUGCCUAUAAAUUAAUAAUAAUUUAUAGUUUUAGAUUGUAUAUUGAGAGUAGUUUUACACUUUUAUCUGAAAUGUUUUGCUUUUUUCCUAUUUUGGAUCCCCUUUUCUUUUUGCAUUUAAUUUGGCUUUACAGUGUCCAUUAAAAAAUAAGAAACAGUGUAAUUGUAGCCAGGCUACACACAAGAAAGCCCCUUUGAAUGCUUUGACAUUUUCUUCAGUUAAACAUGCAACUGUGUAGAACUGUAGGUAUUUCAGGAAAGUAGUCUAAGGAAAAUUUAAAAUUAAAACAUCACUGCUUUUUUAAUAGAGUCUAGGCCAGGGGUGUCAAACUGGCAGCCCGUGGGAUGGAUGCAUCAUGUGCAGGCCACGCCCACCCCGACUCCGCAAGACAAAAAAAUGUCAUAAUACAUCACGUGACGUGAUCGAGUUUGACAUCCAUGAUCUAGGCAGUCUCAAGGAAUCAAUAAGAGCAGCUAUAUUAAAUUCCCACAGCUGAAUUAAGCAUCAUCAGUAAUAGUAGUAAUAGAAGUAGUAGUAGAUGGCAGUGUUACAUUAGCCAGGAGAAUACAGUGUUAAUGCAGAGUAGUAGUUUGGCUGCCAAUCUCUGUUGUACAUUCAGGUGCACCACAAGAGGAUGAGCUAGAUUUGCACUAGAAAAAAGGAUGAGCAGCUCUUCCUGCAGCUCUUCCUCACCCAAGGCCCCCUCCUUCUACCAGAGCCACCUCGCAAAUGGGUGUCACAACGGUUCAGGUUCAGAGCUGGCAGGAAUCUGACAAUUUAGAGAUAAGAACCGUUUAAGAAUAAAACUCUGCAACGGUUAACAUUCUAUUUUGAAUUCUUACACGUGCAAUUGGCAUAGAGGAUUAAACAAUAAUGAGAACUGUUGGAGAAACUAAUAAGAAAAGAGGAGGGACCAUAUUCAAAAUCUCCAUGCCUAGGUCCACAUGAUUAAGGAGUGGCUUUUUUUGGUUCUGGUUCCUGAACAGCAACUUUCUCAUGUAACUACUGUAUUAAAAACAUGAGAAACUAAGUAAAAUUUCAAAAAUUUCAGAAGGGCCUGGAGGGUUGCAGUUGAAAGGAGGGCAUGUUCCAAUCCUUCCGCUCUUGGGAUUAUGCAUUAAGCAUAGAUAUAUUGUGCAACUUUGAUUUUCGAACCUGCUAGUUUUUUUAAUAUUGCUUAGCCAGUGGGCUACACAUGCCUCAAAUAUUAAUUUAUAAAUACCUCUAUUCAGAAAUGCUAGAUGUAUCCUUAAAGCUUUCAGUCACCAUUUCUGAUCUCUAGUGCCUGUAAAAGAAUGAGUAUCUGCCAAAAGAAAUUAUCUAGCAAAAAAAUAAUUUGCAGUAAAGGAUGACCUGUUUGCACACUUGGAUCUCAGACUCAUUUUGUGUGAUACAGUUGAUAGAAUUUUUCAUUUCAUAAGUCAUAGCUCUUAACAUCUGCAUGGGCUCUGUACUGUUCAUGCAAUAAAGUAUGUUUCUGUCCACUGCAAUAUAUUCUGAACAAUAUGAAAUAUUUUAGUCCCUAAAUAGCCUAGAUUUUAGGGUUAAUUUUGUAACCCAAGAGAUCCUUCUUCAGUUGCAAUAUUAAUCUUUUGCUUCUUUUUUCUAGAAAAUAAGAUAAUGUAGCUAGAUCAACAUUAAUAUUAACUAUUUUAGAAAUACAUGACGUUUGUUAAAAGUAUUUGUAAUUGUUAAUAUAUUUCUGAAUAUUUAUGCCAAGGAAGUAUAAUUGAACAGCUUACCCAUGCUUUGGAACGGGUGAAGAAUACAUUUUUAGUUCAUUUUUAUAGAUUUUUGAAACUUGAUGCUAAUCUGCAUGAUAAAUAUUUAAGGUGAGAAACAUACCUGAAAUAUUUUCAUUCAUUAAAAACAGCAUAGCUUGAUUAUUCAGUAGUGGCAUUUUAGUGAACCAACUUGUAAAACAUUACAGUUAAAUUCACAGUUCUAGUGGUUUUCAUCUUCUCAUGAACAAUUGUUCACAGAAGCGCAUAUGCUGUAAUAUUUUCAUAAUGAGUACUAUUUGAAAAUCCAGCAGUAUGUAUCCUGUUUCAAAGUACCGAUCACUAAACUUGAACAUCUAGAUAAGCUUCCUGAAUUUUAAUAAUAGCUUUCCUUUCUGUGAAUGACAUGUUGCUUUUAAAGUUUAAAAAAAGGUAGACUAUGACAUUUCAAGGGAUGGAGGGAAGUCAAAAUUGUGACAGGAAUAUGUGUGGAAGCUCUAAGAUGCAACUGGAUUUCAGUUUCUAAAAUAUAGUCUACAGGAAGUCCUUGACUUAUGAUCUUAUGACCCCAGAAUUACAAGUCGUAAGUUGUGCUAGUCAUUAACCAUGUCACCAUGAGACCAUCCCCAAUUUUGCUACGCUUAAUCCUCAAUUUACGACCACAGUUGAGCCCAAAAUUUUUGUGGCUAAGUGAGACAUUGGUUAAGUGAUUUUGGCCCAUUUUAUGACCCCUCUUGCUGUGGUGGUUAAGUGAAUCACUGCAGUGGUUAAGUUAGUAAAACAGUUGGUAAGUGAAUCUGGCUUCCCCACUGACUUUGCUUGUGAGAAGGUUGCAAAAGGUGAUCACGUGAUCCUGGGACACUGCAACGGUCAUAAAUCUGAAUCAAUUGCCAACCAUCCAGAUUUUGAUCACGUGAUUAUGGGGCUGCUGCAAUUGUUAUGUGAAUAUUGGUCAUAAAUCACUUUUUUCAUUGCUGUUGUAACUUUGAACAGUCACUAAAUGAACUGUUAUAAGUUGAAGACUAUUGGUAUCUUUUUGUGGUGGUUAAAAUUACCACAAUUAAGCGAAUGCCGCGGUUGUUAAGCAAAUCCAUUGUCCCAGUUUUUUGCUGAGAAAUGGAAGUAAAUGCCAGUUUCUGUCAAAAAAGUCAUAAAUUGCGUGCCAGUUGCCAAGUGCAAUCACAUGACCGCAGGGGGUAGGGUGUGGGGUCAUUAUGUAUAUGACUGCCCUGCCCUGUUAAGCAACUGGUUGUAAGUCAAGGACUAUCUAUAUUUUCUAUUUUCUAUAGGCCACUGGAUUAAGUCAAACUUUAUUGGCAUACUAUCAUAAAGAAAGUUGCCAUGAGACUUUUAAAAAUAGUAAAAGGGUAGAACCUGAUAUAUCACACAUAAUAUAAUUAAAGUUCAGGGGGAGUAGAGAUGUUUAAUUCCCUUUCCUCCCCUGUUCCUUUGGGGAUUUUAAAAAUCUUUUCUAAGUCUAUCCAUUGUUUAAAAUAUUUUUUACUCUUUUCCUUUCCAAAAAUUUGCAGAAAAUCAUGUUGCAAAGGAUUCCAUCACAAGAAGAGAGAGAGAGAGAGAGAGAGAGUGAAAUUAUCUCUUGAUGCCCUUGAUAUACAUACCCGUAAUGGCUCAUAUCUUCUUCAUAAUUUGAUUUGAGUGGAAUUUUUUAGUGAGAAAAGCAAAGUGGGUAGUUUUAAAUAAACAAUGCUAUAUGAAUUUUGCAGUACUACAGCAUAGAAAGGAAGGGAUUCCAAAAAGAAUCCUUUAACAAACAAUGACAUUACUUCACAUUUUUACCAACAUACAUUUAAACAUUUAUUUAGUAUAAUUAAUUAUACUUAGAGGUAAUCAAGUAACAUUUCAAAAUGUAAAAAGCAUUUGUCACAAAUGAAAUAAAUAAUUGAUUAAAACAAAUGUAUAAAGAUUUCCAUCCACUAAAAAAAGUUUUAAGAUGUAGAUAACAGAAUAGAUAAAAAUAUUAGAUAGUAUCUCCAAAGUAUUUUCAGAUGUUGGAGACAAUAAACAUCAGAACAUUUUUACAGCAACGUAUGAAAACAAACCAAAAAUGUAAAUUUCCUUACAAUAAAUUUUAGUUGUAUUGUUGCUCAAUAGUGAGAUGGGCAGCAUAUACAUUUAAUAAGUAAAUAAAUACGUAAAUAAAAAAUUCUGUCCCAGGGACACUUGCAAAUUAUAUGUUCCUAAUUACUUGAAGACAGAGUUCCUUAGUCUUUUGUGGGCAGUGGGCAUACUUGGAAUUUUCAAAGCCUGCUAACAGGUAUUCCCACUAAAUGUUUGCCCUGGUCAGCAUAUCCAGUCAUAACAGAACGCAAACAAACACUGGAUUUUAUACACACACACACACACACACACACUUUAUUUUUCAGGUUUGUCCCUAAUAUAGCGCUCAGAGGCAUCAUUAGAAAUAUAGGUUGGUCCUGGUUCUUGCAGCAUGCUAGCUUACUUUAAAAAAAUAAUAGACUACAAGUAAGUUUGGGAGAAAAUUUGUUAGCUGGAAAGACAUGCUGAUAAGCACAGUGCUGCACUGGGUACUAUUAUUAGGGAAUGCUAAAAAAAGCCAUAGAAGAAAGAAAUGUAGUUCUCUUCAUUCAGUUUCAGAGGAGGUUAAUCUUCUCAAUAUAAUCUUUUAAUUCCACUGACUGACUCCUUCAUCUUACUAAAACCGUGUGUCAAUUACAAUAGGAAUUUCUGUUAUAAAAUAGUGUACUGAUGGAAUGGCCAAUACUGUAUCUUACUAUUACAUAAGGUUCUCUUCAUUUCUGGGAAGCUUGAUAUGCAAAGUCAGUUAUUCUAUAAAGUGUUACACUAAGCAGUUUUGACUGAUUUUUAGUGAUUUGGUUAGGGUCAUCUUAUAAACUAGAAUAAGAUUUGUUGUCUUUCACAAAUAUCCAUGAUUAAAGUUUGUGAAGUUGAUGAUUAGCUGAAUUAAAUAUAUUUGAGUUUUUAAAAACAGUUAUUUUUCAUUUUUGUUAGAUGAGUUCAUUUUUGGUGCUAAUUAACAAUAUAAAGAUCAGUUUUUAAAUAAUCUUGUUACUAUGGCCAAAUGCUUACUUGUAGAUACAGAUGCUGUAGUGCACAUAAUAGAAUUACAGUCUCAUAAAUAUGCUCCUUUUAUGGAUUAUUAAUUUCAGUAGAUAAAUGCAGUCCAUUGCUAAAUUUCUCACUAUGUUCUUGUUGAAUCUUGACAUAGGCAUAUCUGUGCAUAUUUGUGAGCCUACAUGGGUCUCUGAAUGGAACCAUUCCAUUCCCUGAGGCAAUAUUAUACAUUUGAAUCAAAGAUAGUUACUAUCAAUCAUCACUUAAAUGAUUCAAGGGUAUCAUAUUUCUGUCAGCAUUUGAUUAUAUUUUCAUUUCUGAAAUAUGUGUAUUUGUGUGUCUGUGAGAGAGAGAGUGCUAAAUAACAUACACUAUUCAAUUUAAUUCUCUAUUUCAAAUGUGAAAAUUAAAAUAUGGCUCUCUAGAGAAAUUAGGCAUCUGGAAAUAAUGUUCUUAACAUAAUUCUUUUUUGAUAACUAGUUUCUCUUUGUAUCUGACUUUUCUUAUUAACUUCUUAAGACAAUCACUGGCUUGAUUGUAGGAUUAUGCAAGGAUGAAAGAAGUGUGGACUUGUCUUCCCAUGUCUGCCUAUCACUUCUUUCAGUUGUAGCUUCCAUUCUACAAAAGUCACAUUGCACAUUCUGCAGAUUUCAGAAACAGAUUUUAAAAGAAAGGGCAGGACUGUUCUGUUGCAAAAGAAUUCUGCUCAAGCGUUUUUGCACUGGUUGUUCCUAGAUUAUAAAUAUCCAUUUCUGCAAUGUGUUGAUGUACUACUCUGAAAAAGAUUACAUUUGUAAGACCAUAUAACUUUAUUUUCAUAAUAAACAUGACUAGUUUUGUUGGCUUUUUCUGUUUUAUACAGUAAAAGUGACCAUGAUAUCACCUAAAAGUAAAACAUAGGAUUUGAUGUUUGUAAACACUAUUGAACAGUAUAAUUUAUACUUAUAUUUUAGUUUUCAGUUACAGAUCUGCAAGAUCAAUAGUUGAUGUGAUAGGCUCUUUACUUCAGAUUUAGAUCUGUAGACAAUGGUGAAUAGGGCUUUCUUUAGCUGUGUUGAAUGUGGUUUAUACAUUAUACAAUUCAAAUAUGAAUUACUGUUAUGGGAAUUCUGGAAAUUUGGUGGAGCAGUUAAAUGUACAAAACAUGCUUAGUUGGAGACUUUCAGUUCCUCCACCAGUACUGUAAUUGCCAACAUGUGAUCUCCCAGAAGAAGAUGGAACCCUAAGAUUGAAAAAAGUAUUUCAUUCUGCGGAAAAGGGAACUGCAUAUGCUCCUGGAGAACAGCUUUGCUCCAAUCAAGCCAGCAAUCGCAGAAUGGAUAUCAAAGCUUUCUUUUGUUUCAAAAAAAUGCUUACUCUUCUAUAUAUCCAAAUAAUAUUUUAAGUAGUCAGUUGUAAGUGUGCAUAAUUUUCCAAUUUUUUUUACAUCAAGUUCUAUUACAAAUAUCUUAGUACUGAAUUGAAUAUCUUAGUACUUUUUCCAUGGAAUACAUGAGAUUUAUGAAAAGUGCCACUCAAGAGACCAUUUACCACAGUCUGUGAAUAUUGUUACCUGCAUUUCUAUUUUGCUCAAAUGCUUUUGAAUGUAAUGAUGAAUGUUUUUGCCUUCAGUCUGCUCAGGUAUUUUAUGUUAGAAUAUUUGGGUGUAUUUUUUCAGUUUUAAUAUUUUGUGUAUUAAAUAAAAGGAAAAAAAAUAAAUCAUGUUUACCUUGUUCUUCAGCAAUAUAAAGCUAGCUUCAAUUUUCACACAAAGUUUUUUAAGCAGUGGGUAGAACUAGCUCCGAAAGCAUUUUAUUACUAAAUUUUUUGUUCACUUUUGUUCAGCAGUAACAUGUUGUAUUACAAACAUUGAUACAGGAAAGAAUUGUAAGGAUUUUUAGAUUGGAAUUACUUGGACUGUUAAUUGACCAACAGAAAUGAUUGGGGGAAAAAUACAGCUAACCAGAGUGAAGGAAAGCAAAGCUGAGCAGAAAGCCAUUCCAGAGUGUUGUUCAGAAAACUCCAUGGCUAUAUCCAUCAAUCAAUCUCAAUUUUAUCUUCGGGGGUGCGGUGGGGAAGAGUAGCUUAAUGGUACUAAUUUACUGUCUGCUAUUUUCCAAAAAAAUGAUGGCUGAUGAAAAGAAUAUUUUUUGAACUGGAGAGUUUUUAAAUAAUUACAUAUUUUUCUAUGAGCCGUCCAUGGGAGGAGAGUACUUAGUGUUGGUGACUGAUGUGAACAAUAAAAAUGAAACAAUAUACCAUAUAUUUUCCCAUUUUGUAGAAAAUUACCCCAAAAAAUUAAAAUUAAUUUGGCAUAUCGUCGGGUAGAUACAUGUGAUUUUACUACAAGCACCUUUUCUUCUGUAUAGCUAGAAAAUCAUAUGGUAGAUUAGCACUCUCCAAUGAUGCAUGUCCUUGUUUUAAUUAAACAUAAUUAUCCUGUUUGGUA